UCCACAAACCGUUUCGCCGGAAGAAGACCUUGAAGCGUGACUCUAAAUCGCGGCCGAGGCACAUAGCCAGUACACGCGACAGUUGUGAACUGAUGUCGUCGGAUUCUAUUCCGUUUCUCUAUCGAUAAAAUAUUCGCGAUGUAUGAAGCAGGAUAAACAACAAGGUGCGACGAUUAAAUGUCAAAUGUGUAUUUUGUUGAAAAUUCAUACUUAGUUUCGUUAAAUCAUUCCCUCAAGAAGGAACGACUCUCUAAAUUAAUCUUGCAGAGCGAUUGCAGCUUACGAGAAAGAUUCUACGAGGAGAUAAGAAGAAUUCUACGGCGAGUGUUAAUAGCUUACCAUACGUAGCUUUAAUUACGGUAAUAAUCGUACGUUUUCCUACGACAUGGAACCCGGGGAAAACACGCGGCCGUGAUACGUUCCCGGUAUAACGUCGUAGUUAUAUGGUAUGGCGAUCGUGACGCGAGGAUGGAUGAAUCAGUUGCCGCGCGCGGCAACGAGACCAGUAGAUCGGAGAACAUCGAAUCGGACAGUCCACUUCGUGAAUCCUUUGUUCGUUCUGUAAAGUCAGAGAAGAUACUUGCGGUGUUUUAAAAUACGGUGAUUUCUUCAAUCGAUUCUCUACGGUUCUCCAACAUGAACGGAACAAGGAAGUCUGGCAACGAUGAGAUAUUGUAUCUAGACGAGAUCCACGACGAGGUGUCGAGGCCCCUGACGUCCACUGACACCGAGGCAGAAGCGCCGUCCAUCGGGCUGCGCGCCGGCUUCGUCUCGGAAAAUGAUGAAAAUCUCGCCGACAAUCCGCGAGGACCGGAUUCGGUCACCGUAACGGAGUCCGACGUGCUGGAUAAAAACCCACCGCCGAUCGGCUUCGACGGCAGAAACGGACCAGGAUUGCCUGUGGGAAUACAAUCCGAAUGGUCCAGCAACAUCUUUCCUCCUACGCCUGCCGUGCAGGUCGUCACCCCGGACGUGAACGUCUACCAGCACAAGAAGACCCUGGCCCAGGGUAUGAUGGACUUGGCGCUGUUGUCCGCGAACGCGAAUCAGAUGCGCUACGUUCUCCAGACUGACGGCCGGCAUCCGUACUUCUAUCCGUCACUCGUCAUGAUCAGCAUGAGCCUGUUCCUGCAGAUUGCUGUGGGCAUUGGUCUGAUAUGGAACAGCGUCUACAAUGUCAAGGAACAUGAGCAAAUGUGUAAGGCGAACAAGGCCAACAAUUGGACAGUUGUUGGGAUCUUCCUCGUCACAACAUUCAAUGUUUUCAUCUCGUCGUUCGGCGUUGUCGAUCAAACGGUUGCCGUCACAACAUAAAAUUCCUUGUUUUUCUCUUUACUCUUGAUGUGCUCUCUCUUUCUCUCAACGAUACGCAAUCGUUUAUAAAGUGAAUGACCAGAUAAAAUAUUUCCGUUGUUUUUAAAGUGAUACCAACAAGUUUAUGAUUUCAUAUAGAAACUUCA